CUUCCGUGCUACAAUGGCGUCUGCUGACCUGAGGGACGAGCUGAACUGCUCCAUCUGCCUGAACCUCUAUACGGAUCCCGUAUCCCUGAGAUGUGGACACAACUUCUGCCGCUCGUGUAUUGUAAGUGUGCUGGAUGCACAGGAGGCAGGCGGAGUGUAUUCCUGUCCUGACUGCAGAGUGGAAUAUCCAGAACAUCCGGCCCUGGAGAAGAACAGUAAGCUAAGUAAUAUAGUGAAGCGUUUCUUAUCUACUCAGCCUGAUAUGGAUAAGACCAGAACCUUCUGUAGUUACUGCACAAAGUCUCCUGUACCAGCUGUGAAGUCAUGUCUGCAGUGUGAGAACUCUCUAUGUGAUGACCACCUGACCGUCCACAACCAGACGAUGGAUCAUGUAUUAUCAGAACCCACCAGCUCAUUUGGCAACAAAAAAUGUUCCAUCCACAAGAAGGUUCUGGAGUAUUACUGCCCGCAGGACAUAACUUUUCUCUGUGUGUCUUGCUGUCUGGUCGGCAAACACAGGGGACACCAGGUGGAACUUCUAGAUGAGGCUUCAGAGAAGAAGAAACAGAAACUGAGGCAAUAUCUGAAUGAACUAAACCCACAAAAAGCAGAAAUUCAGACAAGAAUCCAGAGUUUGCACAAUCAUAAGGUGAAAAUCCAGAAGAAAGUCUCUGAGAAGAGGAAGAACGUUAAUAAGUUAUUUAUGAACAUUAAGGAACAACUGGAAAUUGCAGAAAAUAAAGUUCUGAGCAAGAUUUCCAGGCAGGAGAUUGAGAUGGUGUCCAAGAUAUCUGAUCUGAUCAAAAAGAUGGAAAUAAAAGAGGACAAGCUGUCCAGGAAGAUGUGUCAGAUGGAGAAGAUGUGUUGUGUCACUGACCCAAUAAGACUAUUACAAGAAAGUGACAUUACAGUAUCUAGUCGUGGAGAUGAUGAGGACACAAGAGAAGAUAGUGGACAGAUCAAUGCUGAAGAGGUGGGACUGGUCCCAGGAGAAGAUGAAGUUCAUGUACCUGACCCCAAAGUGCAGGAUAAUGGGACUGACCCAAAAAGUGUCCUAGAAGAAUCAGACCAAAGAGCAUCCCUUAGUGAUAACAGUGUGGAGGCAGAAGAAGAAGCUCCAGUCAGUGACAAUGAGAUGGCUGAUGAUCUGGAAGAUGUUCUGAUCUCAUCAAUAUUACACCGAUCUAUGAAGGAUGUUGUCACCUAUGUAACAUCAGAGCUCAGGUUCCAUGUUCCAGACAUCUUGCUGGAUGUGGACACGGCUCAUACAAAGAUGGUGUUAUCAGAAGAUAUGAAAACAGCAACAGAUUUGAAAGAAAACCAGGGCCGACCAGAAAUGCCAGGAAGGUUUCAGAGUUACAACCAGAUAUUAAGCAGAUGUAGUUUCUCCUCAGGAAGACAUUACUAUGAGGUAGAGUGGAACCAGAUGGGACAAUGCGGCAUUGGAAUGUGUUAUCCCAGUAUAGAAAGAAAUGGAUAUCAGUCUGGUAUUGCACAGAAUGAUAAAUCUUGGUGUUUGGCCAUGUGUGAUAAAAAGUGUUCAGCAUUUCACAACUCGGUUAUCCUAAUCCCUGAUGUUAAUCCAAUUUGUCCAACACUUGGAGUCUUCUUAGAUUAUGAGGCCGGGCGUCUGUCCUUCUACCAGCUGUGUGACCCCAUCAGACACUUGCACACCUUCCGUGCUUCCUUCACUGAACCCUUACAUGUUAUCCUGUAUGUUCUUGAUGAAGCCUCUGUUAAAAUAAGAAGCUGAGUCCCAUGUUGCCCACAUUAUAAUCACUAUAUAGAUAUGUAGAAAGCUUCAGCAGGACCUUCUGAGAACAUGAAGCAUAUAGCAAUUUCUUGGAGAUAAGAUGUAGCAGCAUUAAUGUUUUAUCCGAAUAUAAAUUUUACAGGGAGUUUGUCACUUACAAAAUUGGUUUCAAAGUAAGCAUACCACCAUGCAGGAGCCCUAAGAAAUAACUGUACCUUUCUUGUGAAAAUCUGGUCCUCUAAUCCUGAGAAAUGCUUCUUUUAAUUCUUAUACAAAUAAGAUUUUCAGGGCACCAUCGCUUAGCCAGUAAAGUGUCACAGUGUCUCGCCCUCUCGUUUGAUUGUCAGUGCAAAUGACGCAAGGGAAUUUAGUUGCACCAAACAGAGCAGCCCUGCCUAUGGUGCACCGAAAAUGAUGGUAUGCUUACUUUUUGGUUUUGGAGGUGCCAGUCUGUCGCUUUACCUCCACUGAUCCCUCAGUGCGGACAAUUUCCACUUUAUGUCCUGGCUCAACACACCAGAAAUGCCAGUAACAGGGCACUGGGCCUAUCACAGGCUUUACUGGUGACUCACCUCAUCAGUAACUGGAUAAAUUAGGCUGUCAUGGUAGCAGUGAUGGGGAUCGGUGGAGGUCCGUAAUGCUUUUUAUUUUCUAAACUUUCUCUGAAAAACCCUAUAAUGGGGGAGAUGUCCUGAGAUUGAUAACUGUUGAUCAUUAGAGGGUUAUUCCAAUCGGAUGAAGUGGUGGUAGAUAGGUAGAAUAUGUGAUUUCCCCGUCGACUGCCGGGACCCCCGAUGAUCCUGAGAGCAGCGCUGACUGUAUUAUCAGGGGGGCAGUAUGUAAAGCUGAGGUUUUGUCUGACCGGAAGGAGCUUUUACAUGUAUAAUACUUAUUCCUUUUUUGUAUGAUUACAGUGGAGCACUUCUCUGUUUCUCAUGGUCUUUCUUAAUAAACAUGUAAAUUGGG